UUGCCACAGUCUUUCUAUUAUCGACCUUUUGCUUUUCUUCCCACUCCCUCUCUUGCUUGCUCUCAAUAGAAAGCUUUGUAUUGAGGGUCUCCUGCAAACAAACAAAAUCUUUCUCUAGCAGAGACAGAGCAAAAGAGUGAGGAGAAAUGGAGAGCGCACUGAGCGUGAGGGAUAAAAUUGGAGUCGAGGACUUUGUCCUACUGGAGGAUUUUAGGAGCGAAGAAGCUUUUAUGGAAAACCUGAGGAAGAGAUUUAAAGAAAAGCUCAUAUAUACCUACAUAGGUUCUGUCCUCGUUUCGGUUAAUCCUUAUCGCCAGUUGAAUAUAUACGGGACAGAGACCAUGGAGCAAUAUCGUGGAGUCGAUUUCUAUGAGCUACCACCACACAUAUUUGCUAUCUCUGAUACUGCUUAUCGUGCUAUGAGAGAUGAAGGAAGAGACCAGUGUGUACUUAUAUCAGGAGAAAGUGGAGCAGGAAAGACAGAGGCCAGUAAGAAGAUACUCCAUUACUUGGCUCAAUGCUCCAGCCACAAAGGAGAGGUGGACAGAGUGAAGGACAGACUUCUUCAAUCUAAUCCAGUUUUAGAAGCUUUUGGUAAUGCCAAAACAAACAGGAAUGACAACUCGUCUCGUUUUGGCAAAUACAUGGACAUACAGUUUGAUUUUAAAGGUGCUCCCAAUGGCGGUCACAUUAAGAAUUAUCUUCUUGAAAAGUCCCGCGUUAUUUAUCAGCAAAAAGGAGAAAGGAACUUUCACGUCUUUUACCAGCUGCUCCAGGCUGACGCUUCCCUCCUUAGUGAACUUGGUCUUAAUGGGAAGGCCAGUGACUACCAUUACCUCUCACAGGGUGACUGCACUGAGGUCCAUAGUAUCAAUGAUAGGACUGAUUUCCUUCAAGUCCAAAAGGCUCUUCAAGUCAUUGGAUUCCUACCAGAAGAAGCAAAGGCAUUGUGGAGUAUAAUAGCUGGAAUUAUACUACUGGGUAAUGUUCGUUUUGAUGCUAACCCAGAAGGACUUGCUAAGUUCAGUGAAAGUGGAGAAAGCAUUGCUACUAUUGCUAAAUUAUUCCAGUGUCCACAAGAUAAAUUGGAGACGGCCCUCACUAAUCGACUGAUUGAAGCAAGACAGGAGAAAAUGUUGUCUCCUUUAACAGUUGAGCAAGCUUAUUACGGACGGGACGCAUCGGCAAAAGCAGUUUAUGAGAGAAUGUUUUACUGGCUUGUGAGGAGGCUGAACUCAUCUCUGGAAAACAAAUCUAAGUCCAGGGUUACGUUAAUGGGGUUGCUUGAUAUCUAUGGUUUUGAGAUAUUCGAGAAGAACUCCUUUGAGCAGUUCUGUAUCAAUUAUUGUAACGAGAAGCUCCAGCAGUUGUUCAUCGAGCUGACACUAAAAUCCGAACAAGAAGAAUACCUCAACGAGGGAAUCAAGUGGGAGCCAAUUGAAUAUUUCAAUAAUAAGAUAAUCUGUGAUCUGGUGGAGGAGAAGCACAGGGGAAUCAUAGCUGUACUGGAUGAAGAGUGUUUGAGGCCAGGAGACGUUUCUGAUGAGACCUUUCUUGCGAAACUGACUGCAGUUGUUGGCACUCAUGCUCACUUUAUAACGUACGUGACAGCUGCUUUAUGCCAACAUUGUUACAAUAGUUAUCACAGCCCUGUCACUCAUGAGACUUCGGAUUACGAAGGCCGUAAGACUAUACAGAGGAAUGAGUUCAGACUCAGGCAUUAUGCUGGCGAUGUCACAUACCAGAUUGAAGGUUUUGUUGAUAAGAAUAAUGAUCUGCUUUACAGGAGUUCGAAAGAAGCUUUCAGCUCCAGCAGUAAUCUUGUAUUAUCUGAGGUGUUCCCACAAUCAGAACUGGCUUCACAGAAGAGGCCACCCACUGCUGGUACUCAGUUUAAGAACAGUUUGAGUGAACUGAUGGAGAUAUUAAUGUCUAAAGAACCCUCUUAUGUGAGGUGCAUCAAACCAAAUGAUAAUAAACAAUCAGGAACUUUUGAUGAGAAAGUCGUGCGGCAUCAGGUCAAAUACUUAGGAUUGAUGGAGAACCUAAGAGUGAGACGAGCUGGUUUCUGCUAUAGAAGAGUUUUUGAAGUAUUCCUCCAAAGAUACAAGCCUCUUUGUCCUGCUACUUGGCCAAUCUGGGAUGGUGAGCUGUCCAAAGGUGUAGACACAUUAAUGACACACUUGAAACUAACCAGCACUGACUACAGUCUUGGACAUACUAAGGUUUUCAUUCGCUUCCCAAAGACAUUGUUUAAAUUGGAGGAUCUGCUGGAGAAGAAGAAGCAUGAUAUUGUUACUAUCAUCAGUUGCAACUGGAGGAAAUACAUUGCUAGGAAGAAAUACCUCCUACUUAAAUGGGCUUCUAUCAUAUUUCAAAAGAAUUAUCGUAUGCAUUUGGUUUUGAUGUACGUGAAGAGAUACAGAGCAGCUGUCAUGGUACAGAAGCACUGGAAGCGAUACGCCAUGAGGAAGUACUUCAUUCGCUAUAGGGCAGCUACCAAAGCUGUCAGGAAGUUUAUAAAGGGAUUUAUAACGAGAAACCAACCCAGCUGCCCAGAGAAUGUAGAGUUUUUAGCUUUUGUGAAGUUUAAGUUUUUGAUGGAUCUAAGUCGUGGGCUGCCGAAAAGCUUACUAGCUAUUGACUCCUCCUGGCCCAAGUGUGCCCCUGCCCUCCAACAAGCAUCUGAUAUGCUAAAGGAACAGUACAGGCAGCAGUUAGUUCGACGUCUCGUUAAAGGAAUGCCACAAGAGAAAAAAGAACACCUGAAAUUAAAGAUUGCUGCUAGCGAAAUAUUUAAAGGAAAGAAAUCCUGUUACUUGACGAGUGUGCCAAAGCCAUUCAUAUCCACUCACUUAACUGAAGCAGAGAAAGCUGCAAAAGUCAAAAAUUUUGAUCAAAAGCAUCCUGAUUCAGGACAGCAGCUGUUUGCUGUAGCAUGCAUCAAAUACGAUCGUCAUGGCUACAAGGCUCGAAAACGAAUCCUCUUGAUGACAGAGAAAGCUUGCUAUCUUGUGGAGCCAGGCUCUUUUAAAAUUAAAGAACAAUUUGAAUAUUCGAGGAUGCAUGCUCUUUCACUGAGUAGCCUUGGAGAUGGAAUCAUUAUCAUUAGAUUACCUGUUGAUGCUGAUGAAAGCAAAGGUGAUCUUAUCAUAGAUACUGAUGCUCAUGUUAUUGAAACUGCUUUUAAAAUUGCUCAUUUUGCAAACAAGAAAGAGAAAGUGCAGAUAGAGACAUCGGGAAGUUUAAACCAUGGCAUGGCAGGUGGUAAAAUAGGCACAAUAACCUUCACAGCUGGAUCUGCUGUCUCAGUUAUCAAAGGAAAAACUGGAAAUCUGGAAGUUGUUGCUCCAAACGAUGUUGAUCAAGGUUCUCAAGGGACUUUACUCUAAAUAAUAAUCCUCAUAUCUUGCAAUUAAUGUCAACUCUCAUUAAAUUAAUUUAUUGUGUAAUGCGGAGUAGUAACUAUAACUUUCACACUAGCAAUUAUUAUUAUUAUUAGAUAAUUCAAGUUAA